AUGAUCACCACCGCAACGAAGACAGCGCCCGUUACGCUGAAGGCCGUCGAUGAUCGACGUAUGAGAGUCGACGGGACCGAUGAGAAAUUUGGCGACUGGAGGGAUGAUCUGGCCAGAGAUGGUUUCGCAGUCAUCAAAGGUGCCAUUCCGAGGGAGAGGGCCGACAAGUAUGCAGACCAGAUGUAUAGCUGGUUGGAGGGAUUUAACCUUGGUUUCGACCGUAACGACCUAUCGACGGUCCACAAAGACAAUCUCCCACAAAUCACCGAGAAAGGCAUGUGCCUGCAGUAUGCUGUGACCCAUGAGGACUUUGCUUGGGCUAUUCGAGGGGAGCCGGGUGUGAUCGGAGCCUUUGAAAAGGUGUACAACACCGAAGACUUGAUCGUGUCGUUCGAUGCGAUAAACUUCACAUUGCCUCGCACGGAUAUUGCGCCAAACAAGCCAUGGCCGCAUCAGGAUCAGGAUCCUUCCAAGCCCGGAUUCAGAUGCUUGCAGGGUUUGGUCAACUUGCUGCCCAACGGAGCAGAUGAUGGUGGCCUCAUCGUGUGCCCUGGUGGUCAUCUACUGUCGAACGAAUUCCACAAGGCUAUGGCCGAUGAAGAGCGCAUCCCAGCUUGGACACCAGAAUGGUACGGUUAUACCGAGAACGGCAUGAAAUGGCUCGAGGAGAAGGGCCUCACGUGGGUAAAGGUGUGCGCCGACCCCGGUGAUCUGCUUGUGUGGGACUCCCGCACCCCUCACUACAACCUGAGCUCAAAGACGAAUCAGCCUCGUUUCGCAAUCUACACAUGCUAUAUGCCUGUAGCAGAUGCCACCCAGGAGGAUUUGCUGAGAAAGAAAGACGCGUACGAACGGUGGGUUGGCACAACGCACUGGCCGAAUGCGAGGCACACAGGUUCGAAUGUUGCGAAAAGAGAUGGAGUGGACGAUCCACACAACCGCUUCGAGCCGGUGAACAAACCGGUCAUGGAUGAGAGGACAUUCAAGCUUACUGGUAUCCCGUAUAUCAAGGCUUAGGCUGGAAC